AUGGGUACCGGUGGCGAUUUUGAAGAGAUUGUGUUGCAUGAUCUAAGACCUUAUUAUCACGUUCCUGGUGCUAUACAUAGCGAAGGAAUAACCUUUGUUAAGGAAACCGGUACAUUGUUGUGGGUUGACAUUUUUAAAGGACAAGUUCAUAAGGUUGAAGACAUAGAACAUCCCGGGUCCAGUCAUUCUUCUUUUUCGAUUACGAGAGCAAACUAUGGCAAGAACUCACCAAUUGAAUAUCCUCCCAACCCGGAUGAAUUGAAGGAAUCCGUAGGUUGUAUCUUUCCAGUAUUCAAUGAUGCCUCCCAUGGUGAGAUUAAACAAGUAUUAUUUGGUAGUAAAUUCGGUAUAGGUAGGUUAGAUUUUGACACCAGCGAAUGGGAAUAUGUCAUUCUAUAUUCCGAAUGUCCUGACUUAAGCACGGACAGGGCGUAUAAAUUGAGGUCUAAUGAUGGCAAUGUUUCACCGGAUGGGAAAUAUAUCUACGUAGGGUUAAUGAGUGAUUUUCCGUUUGAAUUAGAACCUAUUGGGUGCAUACUCCGUGUUGAUCUUUUAGCCCAGGAAAUACAACUCGUUUGGAACUGUUUGUUAAUUCCUAACGCUAUCCAUUGGGAUGAAAGCGAUCAAAAAACUAUGUACAUUACGGAUUCUUUAAACUUCACUAUUUGGAAAUGUCCUGGUGGCGACUUGCUAAAACGUGAGGAGCUUAUUGACGUGAGAAACUCUAACAAUCAAUCCUUUGAAUCACCUGAACCAGAUGGAAGCGCUGUUUGGUUUAGCAAAGACGGAAAACACUCUGGAUAUCUGUUUAUCACUGUCUGGUCUACGUGCAAAGUUCAAAUGUAUGAAUUAGCCAGUGGAAAAUUGCUCAAGGAGUUCAUCUUGCCAAAGCAGACACCAAGAGUUUCAUGCUGUUGUUUUGUUGGUAAGGAUCUCUUUGUUACUACUGCCAAUGCAGAAAUCAAUGAUUCUGUAAGGACCAACUCCGAUAAAAAUGGUGGUUGCCUCUAUAGAAUUCCAAACGCGUUAGAGUCGAACGUUCCUCUGGAAACUACAAAGCGGCAACCGCUCUAUUAA